AUGGUGAAGCUGGGCGGCCAUUUCGGCGAGAAGAGCCCCAAGGCGCCCCUCCCGGAGGACGGCUUCGACACCAUCCCCCUCAUCACGCCCCUGGACGUCAGCCAGCUGCAGUUCCCGCCCCCCGACAAGGUGGUGGUCAAGACAAAAACGGAAUAUGAACCAGACCGCAAGAAAGGGAAGUUCCGAACUCCUAAAAUAGCCGAGUUCACAAUCAGCAUCACUGAAGGUGUCUCAGAACGGUUUAAGGUAACCGUUUUGGUCCUUUUUGCCCUCGCCUUUCUUACUUGCGUCGUAUUCCUGGUGGUCUACAAGGUUUACAAAUAUGACCACACCUGUCCGGAAGGCUUCGUCUUCAAGAACAAUCAGUGCAUUCCGGCUGGAUUAGAAAACUACUACUCUGAACAAGACUCUAGUGCUAGAGGGAAAUUUUAUACCGUUAUAAACCACUACAAUCUGGCCAAACAGACCAUCUCCCGCUCUGUGUCUCCCUGGAUGACGGUACUCUCGGAAGAGAAGCUGUCUGAGCAAGAGACGGAAGCGGCGGAGAAGUCGGCUUAG